AUGGCACCGACGCCUGCGGCCGUCACGGGUCUAUUACGCCAAUCCGCCCAAUAUCAUCUCGACAACGCCAACUACGACAAUGCCCUGUUCUUCGCCGAACGACUUGUUGCACACGACGCCAAGACAUCAGAAGGGCCGUAUCUCCUGGCAACGAGCCAUCUUCGACUACGGGACUACCGAUCUGCCUAUGAUAUAUCGAGAGCGGCUGCGCUGAGAGGUGGCCAUCUGGGCUGCACUUGGGUGUUUGCGCAAGCAUGUCUGUCAUUGGAGAAGUUCCAAGAAGGGAUCGUCACUCUGGAGAGAUCUAAGUCGUCUUGGAGCUACAAAGUCAAUGUCGGAAAACAUUCGCCCACCACGAGGGCGGCGAACCCUGAUGCGUCUGUCAUGUUAUGUCUGCUCGGCAAGAUGUAUCGAGCUUCAGACGACAGUAAAAGGGCAGCUGCUUGCUUUGAGCAUGCGCUGAAACUCAACCCGCUCAUGUGGGACGCCUUCACUAUACUCUGCGACAUGGGCGUUUCGGUCAGGACACCCGCUGCCUUCAAAGGAUCGGAACAGUUGCUGCAAAGCCUAGGACAGGAACUCUCCGCGGUGAACGAGUCCAAGGAGAACGGAGCUCCGACCGAUGCUCACGCCAGAAGGGGACUUAGCAGACAUGCUACCGCCCCUGCUGCUAUAGCAGACCCCUUUGGCCCGAGCUCGACCGCGGAUGACGAUGUAGAGAUGACCGCCGCGCCAUCCAAUGGCCUCUUGUCUAAGAUCCAGGCGGCCAGGCUGAGGAUCGCUAACGGUCCCACAGCUGAAGCGUCACAUGGCUCUCAUGACGACGUGUUGGUCCCCAGAGGCCAAGAGCCGCCACGCGCCCCUGCACGGCGCACGCGUGCUGCCCAGGGUGUGAUGGACGCAAGUUUGGAGCCGCCUCCCAGGGUCAAUUAUCGGGUCGGGGCGAGGAGAAUUCGAGAGCAGGAAAAGGAGGAGCAAACACGGGCUGUCGUGGACGCUGUCUACCAAGAGAUGGACCCAGCGAACGGGCCUGAGAGACAGAGGUCGGCAAUACCUGGAGUUGAGCGUAAGCGAACCGUGUCUGGGCAUCCUGUCCCCCGACCAGCGAACGCGGAGGAGCUUGUUCCACGACGUAGCGGGCGGUUGAACACAUUCCGGCCGACUGCAAAGGCGAAUUCAACGGCAACAAACACUGCCCAGCCCGCUGCACGAGAGCUGAAGAAGGCUAGACCCCAAAUCUCGCGCAUUGUGCGACCCGGCUCAAGCGGAUCCAAUGUGGGUAGAGUCGUCAGUGGUAACCGCAAGCCCGUCGACGAUCGUGGAGAUGACCACCAUAGCGAGCAACCUCGCGUACGCGAUGUAUCACAUGCGGCCCCGCCCCAAAAGCACGACGAGUCAGAUACGACCAAGGUCGAGGAAGCCUUGCGCAUGGUACUGGAUCUUUUGAAGAAAUUGGGGGCUGCGUAUUAUCACCUCUCCAAGUACGAGAGCGACGUAGCGCUCCAGGCAUUGAGCUCGCUACCUGCCGUUCACCAGGGUGCACCAUCAGUUCUCGCGCUCAUGGGUCGCGCGCACUUUGAGCAAGGCUCAUACCUGGAAGCGGAGACUCUUUUCCGCAAAGUACGCGACAAGGCGCCUUCGCGGCUAGUGGACCUAGAAGUAUAUUCCACGGUACUUUGGCACCUCAAGAAAGAGAAGGACCUCGCAUUCCUGGCACACCAGCUAAUAGAGUCAUCAUGGGAAUCGCACCAGGCAUGGUGUGUGUUGGGAAAUUCGUGGUCGCUUGCCAAGGAUCACGACCAGGCACUGCGGUGCUUCAAGAGGGCUACGCAGCUGAGUCCAAAUUUCGCCUAUGCAUGGACGCUUCAAGGUCACGAGCAUCACGACAAUGAGGAGUUUGAUAAGGCCAUUACAGCUUACAGAAAAGCACUGUCGGCCGACAAACGCCACUACAAUGCGUACUAUGGGCUCGGAAGAGUGCAACUGCGCCUCGGGGCGUUCGACAAGGCAUUGACCCAUUUCAGGACGGCCGCCGAGCUUAACCCGUACAAUGCCGUCCUGGUUUGCUGCGUUGGAAAGGCGCUCGAGAAGCUGAAGCAAAUCGCGCCAGCAGUGACCGCCUAUAGCAAAGCGGUAGAGCUUGCACCGCAAGCAGCGCAGAUGCGCUACAUGAAGGCCCGUGGUCUCUUGUUCAUGGGAGAGACAGAGCUCGCACACAGGGAACUCAUGGUGUUGAAGGACUUGGCCCCCGAGGAGGGAACGGUGCAUUUCCUGUUGGGAACGAUGUAUCGCAACAUGGAGAAGAGACAGGAAGCUGUACGCCACUUCACCAUCGCGCUAGCUCUGGAUCCCAAGGCCGGCCCUAAGAUCAAAGACGCGAUUGAGAGGUUUGAGUACGAUGACCCCAUGCAAGAUUCUAUGAUUGAAUGA